CCUCUCUCCUCGUCACGCCCCCAAGGCGGCCUCUUGGCGCGUCACCGUGGUUACGCGUAGUGGUGAUGCUCCAGUCUCGCGUGAUGAGAUUUGUGACGUGGGGCUUGGCUGUCAGACUGGAGGCGAGGAGCUGGAUAAUAACGGCGUUGCGGUUUACCCCAAGUCGUCCCUGUCUCUCAAAGGUUAACUCCAUGAAACAGACUGAAAAGGGUGAAGCUGAGAAUGGGAGGGAGAAGAAGAAGGAGCAACCCUGGGUGAAGAGGCCAUAGUGCAGUUCCCAAACUUCUAAAGACGUUUGACUGGAUUACCCAAAAUGUUUGGGAAGAAAAAGAAAAAGCUGGAAAUUUCAGGGCCUUCCAACUUUGAGCACAGGGUUCACACUGGAUUUGACCAUAAAGAGCAGAAAUUCAUAGGCCUCCCUCAACAGUGGCAGAGUUUGCUGGCAGACACCGCUAACCGGCCCAAGCCUAUGGUAGAUCCAUCAUGUAUAACCCCAAUACAGCUUGCUCCCAUGAAGACUAUUGUUCGAGGCAGUAAACCAGCACAAGAUGCUUACAUCAAUGGCCUGCUGGAAGACUUUGAUAAUAUCUCAGUUACCCGCUCCAAUUCCCUUCGCAAAGAAAGCCCACCAACUCCCCGUUUGGGACAUUCCAACCAAUUAAGAGGAUACCCAGAAGAAAAUGGCUUCUUUGCUUUCUCCCAGUAUAGCUGUGAACCUGAAGUACAGAGGAGCAAUAUCUCUGAACGAUACAAGGAAAGGAGCCUUAGUGCUGAGGAGGCUGAGAUUUAUUAUAGAGCAAACAAACCUGCCAGGCACAAUGGGCAUCCAAUUAAAAUGAGAUCUUAUGAGACUUAUUUCCCUGAAGUAAAAUCCGUUAGGGCAGAAUUGUCAAGUUACCCAUCAGAAUAUCACCCCCAGCUGGAAACAAAGAGUAGAUCUGUCGAUCAGUAUGAUUACCACAGCAUGGCCGGUACUUCACUUCAGGACUACAGGGAUUAUUUCCCACCAUCUAUUACAGGGACAAUAAUGCUAAGUGAGGGCUCCAGAGAAAGACUUGAGUACAGUGAAUGGGGGGAAGGGCUACCCAAGGAUGAUUACGACAAGAGGCCAAAGUCGUCAUACGUCACCCAAACAAGUCCUCAACCAGCCAUGAGACAAAGGUCAAGGUCGGGGUCUGGCCUUCAAGAACCAAUCAUCCCAUAUGGUACGGGGGUUAUGAAAGCCAACCAGCAAGGCCAUCCGUUUAGUUCUUAUACCUACCCACGUUUGUCAGAAACCCAAGGGUGCAUUCCAAAGGCAGAUUAUGAUCGAGCACAGCCAGCCAUGAGUCCUCUGCUGAGUGGAUCUGACACUUACCCUCGAGGGCCUACAAACCUACCUCAGUCUCAAAAUAAAUCCACAUACUCCUCAACUAAUUACCAGUAUCCAUCAGCGUACCAUAAGCCAUCCCCAUAUCACCAAGCCUCUCUUCACGGGAGCCCCCUUUUUAUGUCAACAGCCUCUUACCCCAGCUCUCCAAGUACCACAUCAAGUGUAUAUCCGCCCCCCAGCUGGGGUUCAUCUUCAGAUCAACAGCCUACUAGGGUGUCCCAUGAACAGUUCAGGGCUGCUCUCCAGCUUGUAGUCAGCCCCGGGGACCCCAGGGAGCAUCUGGAUGACUUCAUUAAAAUUGGAGAGGGCUCCACAGGAAUCGUUUGCAUCGCCAUGGAAAAACACACAGGAAAACAAGUAGCCGUGAAAAAAAUGGAUCUCAGGAAACAACAGAGAAGAGAACUUCUAUUUAACGAGGUUGUGAUUAUGAGAGAUUACCAUCAUGACAAUGUUGUGGAUAUGUACAACAGUUAUCUAGUUGGGGAUGAACUCUGGGUUGUCAUGGAGUUUCUUGAAGGAGGUGCUUUGACAGACAUAGUUACUCACACCAGAAUGAAUGAGGAGCAGAUAGCGACGGUGUGUUUGUCUGUGCUCAAAGCCUUGUCCUACCUGCACAAUCAGGGCGUUAUUCACAGGGAUAUCAAAAGUGAUUCCAUACUGCUCACCAGUGAUGGCAGGAUAAAACUGUCUGAUUUUGGAUUUUGUGCACAAGUUUCCAAGGAGGUCCCUAAAAGAAAGUCCUUGGUUGGAACCCCUUAUUGGAUGGCACCAGAGGUUAUUUCAAGGCUUCCCUAUGGAACAGAGGUAGACAUAUGGUCCCUUGGUAUAAUGGUGAUAGAAAUGAUUGAUGGAGAGCCUCCGUAUUUCAAUGAGCCGCCAUUGCAGGCAAUGCGCCGGAUUAGAGAUAAUUUACCACCCAGAGUAAAAGAUGUGCACAAGGUGUCCUCUGUGCUUCGUGGAUUCCUAGACUUGAUGCUGGUCCGGGAGCCGUCCCAGAGAGCCACGGCACAGGAACUAUUAAGGCAUCCGUUCUUGCAACUCUCAGGGCCCCCGUCAUGUAUCAUCCCACUAAUGAGGCAAUACAGACACCACUGACAUUCCCUUUCUCACACCACUUACUUACAUAAAGGAAUUGGCCAGAAAUUGUGCAAAUCAGACAAAGUUUGUCAUGAUCAAAACUGCCUGUUAGUCUGUCCAGUGCCUGGAUGUGCCUGGCUGUCAUUACUCACUUUCCUUUCACUCAAAAUGCAGACUUUUUACUGGGGUUCCUUUCAACUUAGACUAGUUCAUAGGCCAGAUAGAAACAAAGGGGAUUAAGUGGCAUUUCUUUCAACUCUUUAAAUCCUUCUUUGGGGGUCAAAAUGCACUUUUUUUCACAAGUAGGAGUGUAACGUAUUUUGAAAUGACUUUGUAAUUUUCUGUAAAAUACUUUUGAUAAUUUGCAGUUUUUUGAUGUUGUGUAAAACAUUGUGCCAGUUCCAAACCAGGUGUAAUUUACCAAACCUUUUAAAACCCACAGAAAGAAUUCAUACUUUUAUAUCCCAAUGGGACACCCCCAUGCCUGGGUUCCACAGUCUCUUUUGCUUGAGGAGCACUUUGUGGUCUUUUUCCAUUCCUUAAUGGCGCUCCCUCACUUUUCAUUCAUUUUCUUCAAUAUAUUAAUAUGUGCAAAUGUUUUAUUGCUUUGCCGAUCAGUAUUGAUUAUCCAAUGAAACUGCUAAUAAUAACAGUGUUACUUCACAAUUGAAUAUGUUUACAAUGUUAAUGAUCUCGUAUGAGUAAAUACAUGAUCUUUUUGCCUCUUAUUUUGCUGCAGAUGAAAUAGUUUUUAAUGAAAUUGCUUUAGAUUGUUUUGCAUUUGACUUAUUUCAUUUAUCUAUUGGACUGUGCUGCCUUCUCUUCAAAUGGUUUCAAUCUGUCCUUUAUUUAAGGUUGUUCAUUCAGGAUCUUUGACAUUUCAGUCGUUUACUGCGAUACAAGAAACUAGUUGUGUGAGUACAAUGUGGAGUGAUUUCUUAUUCAGAAACAUGUACAAUUGGGACCUUGCCGUAAACACUUUGUAGUUAAAGGAGAAGGAAAGGUAUAAUAACGGGGGGGUUUCUACAUUUGGCUUUUCACUCUACUGCACGGGAAUGAAGAGGAGACAGAAGGAGUCGGUGAUGAUGAGCUUCUACCAAAAUACCCCAAGCAAACAGGACACCUGCACUGGGGUAUCAUAUAAUCCUUAUAUUUUGGUGCCCCCUGGAUUAUACCUUUUGUUCUUCUUUGAGGCUCAGCAGUAGAAAUAUGGGGUCUGGGAGCACAAGCCCUAGACCUGCAGCUGAAAGACAAAAACCCUCGGGGUAUAUGCCAGGCUCUUAUAGAUCAUCAUGAAACAAAGGAGGGGCCUAUUACAUCUGCAAGUACAAUUGCCGUGUUUUUUCACCCACAAAGCAGCAUUAUUUCUCAUGAUUCCAGUGUAAUUAUGGGGAAUAACUGAUGCAGGGGAGAUGCCCCAAUUGCAUUUAUUUACACUUGUACCACUGCCACCCUAUUCUGCUGACAGCUGGAGGUGGAGGUAGGUUAAUAGAUCACUUGAAAAAGGGACUAGCUCCCGAAACAUGUUGUGAGAUUACACAAGACGCAUGUAAGCACAAAUGCAGGUUGGGACGCAGCAUGUUGCAUUUUACCUGCAUUUGGCACUUACAUGCGUCUGUGUGAGUACAGCCCAUUGAAAAGAAUUCAGUGUGUCGACUCCUGCGGCUGAACGCAUGAAACUGGAGCGCAGGUAAAAACACUCGUCUGUAAGAGCCCUAAUAGGUGCAACUGUGCUGGUUUUGGAGCAAGAGGAAGGCACAAGUGCAACU